UGGUCGAGGCGAGAGAAAUUACAGGAAAGCGAAAAUCCUUUGUCCAAUGGUCAGCAGUCUCCUUCUCCACAGCAUCGCUCCCACUCCCUUCGUUGAACUGAAUUCAAUUUCCAAAUGGCAAAGUUCCUCUCCGAUCUUCUUCGUCUCCAAAACCCACGAACGACUUCGUUGCUUUGCCAAGAAGAAGAUCGGAUUCAUGGAUCAAAUUCUUGACUACAUUGAAGGCGGUCCGAAGUUGAGGAAAUGGUAUGGGGCGCCUGACCUUGUUUCUAAAGAUGGAUCCGUCCUUAAAGACGAAGAUGAAUAUACUGAGGAUGAUGCAAUCAGGGAUGCAGUUUUGGUGACCGAUGGGGAUACUGAGAUGGGUCAGAUGGUGAUAUUAUCGUUGAUUGUGAAAAAAACCAGAGUCAAGGCUCUAGUAAAAGACAAGCAAGCUGCCCUUGAAGCUUUCGGAUUGUAUGUUGAGCCAGUAGCCGGUGAUAUAAAAGAUGAGCCAUCAUUGAAGAAAGCUCUAAGAGAAGUUCGCACUAUAAUUUGCCCAAAAGAAGGUUUCUUAUCCAAUGCUGGAAGCCUGAAAGGGGUGCAGCAUAUCGUUCUCUUAUCUCAGUUGUCCGUAUAUAAAAGUGCUAGUGGCAUCCAAGCUCUUGUUAAAGGCAAUGCAAGAAAAUUGGCUGAGCAAGAUGAAUCAGUUUUAGUAGCCUCAGGAAUUCCUUAUACCAUCGUACGAGCUGGCUUAUUGCAAGAUACACCCGGUGGAAAUCAAGGAUUCAGCUUUGAAGAGGGUUGUGCAGCUACGGGAACUCUUAGCAAGGAGGAUGCAGCCUUCAUUUGUGUAGAAGCCACUGACGCAGUCCCAAAAGGAGGAUUUGCAUUUGAGGUUGCCAAUGGAAAUGAACAAGUUUCAGAUUGGAAAGGGUUCUUGGCAAAAUUACUGGAGAAAACAGAGCAGCCCCAAUGACCAUGCUUAAGAUGUAUAAAUGUGUAUGUACAUACAUCUCAUGCCUGCAAAGUAUUUAGAUUGAAUGCUUUUUUUACCAUCUGCUCUUGUUCUUGAUACUGCCAUUUUUUUCUAAAUUGUGAUUAAGCUUAAGAAAUAGCUAUCAAGAUCUUGCAAGCUUUCAUUAGCACAGCCAAGAUCAAGAAUAAGGUGAUCUUUUGGACACAACACAGAGUUUCUGUGUGCUCCAUAUUUAAUUUAUAUUUAUUAUUAGAUAUUACAAAA